AUGAGCCGAGAGUUCAUGUUGUCUGGUUGUGAACGGUUGGAAAUCCGAUGCAAAAGGCCCUUGUGGCCACCCCCUCCACACCCAGUUGAGCACACGGCUGAUGGUGCGAUCCUGGGCAGAUGCGGAGGCCACAGUGGCAGCCGAUACAGGCGCUGCCGGAAGAUCCUCAAUCAGGAGGAGCAAUGA